CUCCUUCCUUCCCCUCUCCAUGAUCAUUUGAUCCACUCCCCCAGUCCAUUUGUUGUAUAUAUAUAAAGGUCCUCAGAAGGCUAUAGGGCGAGAGCUGUCUGAAAGCGUUCGAAGAGAGCCUUCAAAGAUCAUGCAGGGCCUACGAGCUCCUCCUGUUGAUCUCUCGGUUCUGGAGAGGCAAGGGGCGUGCCUGCUGAAUUGGCAGCAGCAGGGCCGAGAGCAGUCAAAUUAUAAUCCUCGCGGCGGCGGCUACUGCAGGCAGAUGCAGACUUCCUUCCAGGCGCUUCCCAGUGGCAGCGGCGGGGAGAAGAACGCGAACCACGGCGACGUUCAUGGAUCGAUCGACUGUUUCAGUAACGGAUGGCCUGAUCUUGCUAAUAUUCGUUAUCCCGUUCAUGGUGCUGCUAAUGUUGAGGAAACAAGUAUUACUAACGUAAGCAGCAACAGUUCAAGGAAGAGGAAGACAGAUAAAUCUCCCAGAUCAAAGCAAAAGGAGAAUGGUGGAGGUGGCAAAGGUGACAGCAGCUGUAAGAGAAUUAAAGAAGAGACGGGGGGAGGGGCAACCUCAGAGACGGGGCAACCCAACAAGAAGGAAGCAGCAUCUGGAGAUGCCUCGAAGAAGAAUGACAAACCUCCGAAGACCGACUGCAUUCAUGUCAGAGCUCGCCGGGGUCAGGCCACUGACAGUCAUAGCUUGGCCGAAAGAGUGAGAAGGGAGAGGAUCAGCCAGAGGAUGAAGUACCUCCAGGAUUUGGUGCCCGGAUGUAGUAAGAUAACGGGAAAAGCUGGUAUGCUAGAUGAGAUCAUUAACUAUGUCCAGUCUCUCCAAAGACAAGUCGAGUUCUUGUCGAUGAAACUUGCUACCGCGAGCCCAUUGAUGGACAUCAACAUCGACAACAUCUUCGGUAGAGAGCUCCCGAUGCUGGUGCAGAUAAAUCCGUCUUGCAAAUCAGGCAGCACUGCGAUGAUCGGCAUGUCGUCGGAGCUGCUGGACCAAUCCUACCUUCGAUUCGACACCUUACAACAACCUCAUCCUUGCUCCGGGCUCGACACGUUCAUGGAUUCUUCGGAUUUAGUGCUUCGGCAGACCGUCAAUCCACCAGUAGCAGUGCCUGAUGCAUCCUUUGGUUCAUCUUUUGAUGUCAAUGGGUGUUCUGUUUGGAGUACAAACCUGCAAAGCUUGUAUGGCGUGGAUUUCCAGCAAGGAAGAGGGGCAGCCCUCCCCUUCUAAUCAUUAGAAGGAAGUGUCUUACCUAACAAUCUCAAGAUGGAGAUGUGAUGGUUAAUCCUCGUCCUUGGAGUCUGAGUAUAUGCAUGCUCCUACCGCUGAGGCCCAGAGAUUGCUCGCCGUAAAUAUUUGUUGUAAUUGUAUUCAUUCAUGCUGCAGCAAUGCGAACCAACGUGCAUGAUAUCGACCAUGUUCCUGUUACCUUCCAAUAGGACUCCAAUUGGUUCUGCA